CAGAUUUUAUACAACAUGCCAUAUCUGAACCCACCCCUUGCAUGUGACGUCAAAGCAAGCUUGAUCAUAUUUGACGCCGCACCGACGUAUAUAGAAGACUUGACUUGUUUGGGCUCGAAAUGCAUUGGAAAAUUGAAAUUUCAAUUCGAUCAAGGAUGCUUUGUGUCGACUAUUGAUGGUGGAUUUAGAGUGUACAACACAGAUCCCUUGGCUGAAAAAACCAGAAUUAUAGACAUAACUGAGCUCUACCAGAUAUCACAAGUUCACAUGCUGUACAGAACAAACCUACUUGCUAUUGUUGGCACUGGCCCUGGAGCAAGAUUCUCAAAUGAUAAAGUUUGCAUCUGGGAUGAUACCUGCAAGAAGAUGGUUCUUGAAUUCACUUAUGGCUCACCAGUAAUGACGGUCAGAUUGAGAAGAGAUCAGCUGAUUGUUGUUCUAAAGAACAAAAUACAUGUCUAUACUUUCCCCAAUGACCCUCAAAAAGUACUGUACUUUGACACAAGAGACAAUCCUAAAGGUUUAUGUGAAGUAAGUCCAAGUACUGAGAGACCUCUGCUGGUAUUUCCAGCUCACAAGUGUGGAAGCGUACAGCUUGUGUAUCUUAGCAACAGGCAGCCUGACAGCUCAUCAGCACCUUUCACUAUCAAUGCUCAUAAGGGAGAAUUGGCUUGCCUGGCUGUGAAUCAACAGGGAACCCAACUGGCAACAGCAUCACAAAAGGGAACUCUGAUUCGAGUAUUUGAUGCACAGUCCAGAAAUCAACUGAUUGAGCUAAGAAGAGGAGCUGAUCCAGCCACCCUUUACUGCAUCAACUUCAGUCAUGAUUCCUCUUUCCUGUGUGUUUCUAGUGACAAGGGAACAGUACACAUCUUCGCUCUUAAAGACUCGAAACUCAACAAAAGAUCAAGUCUUUCUAAGGCUGGUUUUCUCGGCCGCUACGUGGAGUCUCAAUGGGGUUUAGCUAACUUUACUGUACCCGCUGAAGUAGCUUGUGUAUGUGCAUUUGGACAGGCGAGUUCUGUCAUUGUGGUGUGCAUCGAUGGAACGUUUCAUAAAUAUGUUUUUACUCCAGACGGCAACUGCAACCGCGAGUCCUACGAUGUAUUCCUGGAGCUUGGAAACGACUGUGAUAUUUGAACGGAGCUUUACACUGGCGUGAUACCAGUGCUGCUAAGUUGGGGGUUUGAAGGACGCGUUUUUGUUAUAUCUCAGUCUUUCUCUCUAUUAGUUGGUUGGUGGCUGAUGUCGUCCUUAAUCAGGGUGACAAACAGGGUAUAACAAGUUGUUUCGCGCCAGUCGAAGCACAGGCAACCCAAACUGACAAACUUUCUGUGUAUGCCUUAUAAGUCGUGGUACGGAUGACUCACAAAUUGCAAUUUAGCUUGAUAGUUUUGGUUUUCAUAUCUCUAUUCUCACAAAGAAGUGCUCAAAGCGUUCAAACGGAGUACAGUACUAAAUUGCUUGAUAUAAACCCUCUAGAAUCUAGUGAUUUAGUCAGAACGAUAAACAAGAUUCUUGUAUGUCGAAUAGCAGUAUUUAUUGUAACAUAAGUAUUUCAUUCACGGUAGGAUAAUAUUUUCAGAAUAAAGAUCAUUAAAUAGGUAAAUUGAAGAAUCCAGUUACAAAAUGACGCAUGUAUAGCUUGCUUUUCUAUCGAAUUAGGUGACAACAUCGCACUUUAAUAUAUAUCUAGUGAAGUUUAGCACUUUCUACUACAAAUCACAAGGCAUAUGACUUUCUGCGCAUAAUCUCAGAUUUGAAAAGCUGAUACCAAGCAGGUCGUUUUAGAUCAGACCAGUCGUUGCCAAGGUAACAUAAUGUUACCAUAACAACGGUACAAAUGAUGAGUACUUAGAGCUCGCUCAUGCGUCGUUUUGCAAAUACAUUUUACUGACCAUAUAUGGCCAGAAAAUUUGAACACACAGCAUUUAUAAGUUACAGAACAUUUUUCGUAUGACUGGGAAAACUACGGCAUGGAGAAACACUGAAAUGGCUUUUCAUUGUUUCAAGAUUUAGCCAAUCAAAACCUAUACUGGUAACGUGGUAAUUCGUCACCGCUAAAGUAUUUUUUCCCAUUACACGAAAAGUGCUCUGUUUAAAGAAAAAUAUAUUUAUAAUUGUCUACGCACAAAUAUUUUCCAUUUAUUACUUUAUCCAAAAUGAAUCACUUUAUCCAAUUCUAUUUUUUGAACAUUAAAAUAAAUCCAGUCUCGUUUUUAUUGUUGCUGUAAUUCACCUCCAGGCUCUCCUUUAUAUCAUGGUGAGGAGACCUGGGUCAAGUUUUGCUGAUUAUCCUAAACACAUCAAAGUGUAUUUAAAAUUUUACAAUUUUUCUAAUUUCAAUAACUUCUACGUCAAACAAAAUAAAAUUGAAAUAAUUUAUUAA